AUGGUAAGGAUUGAAAAAGAAGAAAAAUUUGACGAUCCUGUCAUGCUCGAUCAUUCAUGCCUUCCAGUAGAGCGUACGCGAGAUAAAGCGGAAAGACUUUGUUAUAAGAUGUUCGAACCCCAACGCAUCUUUAUUGCCGUCGAUCCAGUAUUGGCUCAGAACCGUCGACGAUAUAGAAACAAUGUCAUGGGGAGAGCCAUCAAAAAAACUAUUCAAGAAAUCGACAUGCUACAUGUACCAGACGAGUUUCUCUACUUCUCAGACGGCGCCCUUUUUUUACAACUACAAGAACAGGAUCUGCACAUUUACCUUUCCGAUGAGGUACCGCUUAUGUUCACCAUAACGCGCAAUAAGCGUGAACAAGAUUAUAUGGUGAUCUUCCAACAGUUGAGGGAAGUCUCGUACGUGCCAACGCGGAGUCAGAAGAAUUGCAACUCAGGUUUAUCGUUGACUUCGAGAUGGCAACAAUUAACGCAGCGCAACGAGUGUUCCCUCGCUUCUCCGUUGAGGGAUGUAGCUGGCAUCUCAGCCAAGCCUGGGUUAGAAAAAGAAAUAGCCUAGGA